UCCACAACUGUCGUCGCGAGCGGAGUUACAAGACGUAGCUGUAAGUCAGAAGAAUUAAGCUUAAACAAAGGAAAAACACGUUACUUCACGCGAAAGUUUAGCUCUCAAUGCGCAAAAGAAAAGUAUUUCGUAUGGUCGAUGGAAAAACGUCACUACGACAGCUUUUCAAGGAUACGCCUUUGAUGAGCGACGGAAAGCGCAACAGCUGUGUGUGAGCGAGCAAGUAAGAGAGAGAGAGAGAAAAAAAGAGAGAGAGAGGGAGAGGGAGAGAGCACGGGGAGCCACUGAAGAGUUAAGAGCUCAGUGCUGAAGAGAACGGUCCCGAGAGAAGCAGCUCUCAGCACAGCACAGACGGAGAGACACUACAGGAGGGCCUACUUAAGGACACAGAGGAAUAUGCACGGAUUACACUCAUCCUGAACACAGGAGUUGUCGCUGGCAAUAGAGAAAAAUAAAUCAGAAUGGGAAACACAGACAGCCAGUACAGCAGCUUUAUCCUGCCGGGGAAGCCCAGGCCGUGCUCCAUGAAGCUGCACGGCUCCAAAGAGCAGGUCCUCUCCCCGCACAGCUGGUGGAGGGGCACCGAGGUGGCCAACGGCUACAAGAGCCGCGGCACGGGCCGCAGUGUCCUGUCCCCUCACAAGAGCAGCCAGCCCUACCUGUCGCGCCACUAUGACUACGUGAGCAAGGGCACCAAAGGGGGCGCCGGUGAGCCCCAGCGGCCCUCGUCUCCACUGAGGUGCGGGAGGGGCGGCUGGGACGGAGGCUACUCCGCGUACGGCCAGCUGGGAGGUGGGGAGGGGAGCGCGGUCCAGACGUCCGAGGAAAGGACGGAGGGGGCGCUGGAUCCGCUGGCGAGCAGGAGCAGCCCCAAGGUGCUGUUCAGCCAGGACGGGAGCCUGCGGGUGGAGUUCAGCAAGACUCGCGUCCAGCAGGAGGAAGAGGAGGCGGAUGAGGAAGAGGAGGAGGUGGCGAAAGACGCGACGGCGGCGCCCCGGGCCAGUGCCCAGAGCCACGUCGGCCUGCGCACCAGCAACGGCAGCUCGCUGAGCUCGGAGGGCUCCUGGUACGACUCGCCCUGGGGCGCCGGCGGCGAGCUGAGCGACAACGUCUUCCACCCGGGCGGCGGCAACCCGGCGGCCGACAACACCAGCAGCAGCGGCUACGCCACCUUCUCGUCCACCUCCACCCGCCACAACGACAGCGGCAGCAGCGGCCGCCAUGACACCACGUGCUCCUCGAAUGCCAGCGGCGGCUUCGGCGGCUUCGACCCGCGCCUCCACGUCCACCAGUAUGGCAGCCGCGGCUACCUCCUCAGCAACGGCUACAACACCUGCUCGUCCGGCCGCACGGAGGACAGCGGCAUCGGGGACUCGCUGGUGGCGCUGCAGGCCGACCACCGUGAGCUGGAGCGGAUGGUAUCGGCGCCCGUGUCCCUCUCGGCGCACCGCAGCACGCCGAGCCUGACCAACCCCUUCCCCCUGCCGGCGUCCACGCUGCCACCGCAGUUCCAGGAGGGGCCUCUGGCCCACCACAGGGCGUCCAUCGCCUCCGCGCUGGACUCGGCUGGCACACAGCGCGAGUGUCCGGACCCCGCCGGGACGCAGUAUUCCUCGCUCACGCUCCCGUGCCGCAAGGCCGCGCCAAGUGUCACCGCAGGGACCAACGCCAGGAAGGACUCGCUGAAGAGCCGCAUCAGGAGGCUCAGUGAUUGGACGGGGAGCCUGAGCAGAAAGAAGAGGAGGCUGCAGGACCCCAGCUCCAACGAGCCCACGGACGCUUUCAGGCCCAACGGCCUGACGACGGACCCCCAGACCAGCGCCUCGUACUGGGGCCUCAGUGUGGCCCUGCAGCCCCUCCCUGGCCCCUGCUUCGGCUCGUCCCUGGGCCUCCAUCACAGCCAGCAGCAGCACGCCCAGAGCAACGCACUGAGGCAGAACAUCUAUGAGAACUUCAUGCAGGAGCUGGAGACAGGAGGCGGCGGAGGUGGAGGGAUGGGGGCCGAGACGUCGGAGGGUGAGGGGGAGCAGGGGGAGGCUGAGCAGGGGGAGAGCAGCAGCAGCUCCCUGGGCUCGCUGGAGCAGCUGGACCUGAUGUUUGAGAAGGAACAGGGGGUGGUGAGGAGAGCCGGCUGGCUGUCCUUCAAGCCUCUCAUCACCCUGCACAAGGACCGCAAGCUGGAGCUGGUGACCAGACGCAAGUGGAGGCAAUACUGGGUCACCCUCAAAGGUUGUAUGUUGCUCUUCUAUGAGACUUACGGGAAGACCUCCUCUGAGCAGGACCUCUCCCCAUGCUACGCUCUGCUCGCAGAGGACAGCGUCGUCCAGGCCGUUCCCGAACAUCCUAAGAAGGAGAACGUUUUCUGCCUGAGCAACGCCUAUGGAGAUGUCUACCUCUUCCAGGCUGCGAACCAAACGGACCUGGAGAACUGGGUGACAGCCAUGCACUCUGCCAGCGCGUCGCUGUUUGCCAAGCGGCAGGGCAGAGAGGACACGGUGCGCCUGCUGCGCAGCCAGACCCGAACCCUGCUGCAGAAGAUCGACAUGGACGGCAAGAUGAAGAAGAUGGCUGAGCUACAGCUGUCCGUCGUUAGUGACCAGAAGAACAGGAAGGCCAUUGAGAGCCAGAUCCAACAGUGGGAGCAGAACCUGGAGAAGUUCAACAUGGACCUGUUCCGCAUGCGCUGCUACCUGGCCAGCCUGCAGGGCAGCGAGCUGCCCAACCCCAAGAGCCUCCUGGCCGUCGCCAGUCGCCCAUCCAAGAUGGCGCUGAGUCGUCUGGGCAUUUUCUCUGUGUCCUCCUUCCAUGCCCUGAUAUGCACUCGUGAUGAAGCUACGUUGCGGCGGAGGAGCCGAUCCCUCUCCCGCAGGACAAGGAAUAAGAGGGGCCUUUUCUCCUCGCUCAAGGGGCUGGACAGCCUGACCAAGCGCAACGGCCGAGACCAGAAACAAACCUCUACACAGAGACUGGACAGCUUUGCCAAAUUCCAUUCAAUAGCGCCCCCUGAAGGCCACCCAUGGGACAGCAGCCUGGAGAGCCUGGUGUGUGUGUACAUGCCCGACGGCCACGUGGUCACUGUUCCCGUCAAGCCCGACUCCCUGGCAGCCGACGUCCUCUACCAGGCCUGCAAGGGUCGUCAGCUGGAGCCCUGUCUCUUUGGCCUGCGUGUGAAGAGGCGUGUGGGGGAGGAAGUGGAGGUGCACACCGCCUCCGCCACUGAUGCACUGAAAGAACUGGUGUACGAUGAACUGGAGGUGUUUCCCCUCAGUGUGUUCACACGAAACAUGUCCCGUGCAGACGCCUCAUCUGACUUUGGCUUCGCUGUGACAGGCCACGUAGACGGACUUGGGCGAAGUCACAUUUACAUCAGUGAGGUGGACACAGCGGGGCUGGCUUUCUCAGAAGGUCUGCGGGCAGGGGAUGAGAUUCUGGUUCUGAACGGGAUGAGCGUGAGCUCACUGGACCUGGGUCUGAUGCAGGCCUACUUCAGCCAGCAGAGCGUCAGUCUGGUUCUGUGGCGCGAGGAGCUCGUCGUCGCGGUGGAGCCGGGCUCCAUGUGGCCGGACUGCGAGUCCAGCGAGGCCCCGGCACAGGCCCACCACAUGGAGCACUUCCCCCCCUGGCCUUCAGAUUCGCCUCCAGCGCAGGAGGUUCCAGAAGGCUCCAUAGCAGCUGGUUCGGGUUCUGAUGAUGGAACUCUGCAGAACAUUCCGUCUGAUGAUUCCGAGCCUCACAGGACGAGUGCAGACAAUGUGUGCCCGUUGUACCAGACCUUCCCAGAGGGCUCGGUGCUGGAGGCUGAGGGCCAUAGGAACCCCUACUGCAGUGACCCCGCCCCGCCAAGGCCAUGCCCCCGCCACAUGUCAAUCACCGACAGGCUCCGCAAGGUCAUUCAGGAACUGGUGGACACAGAGAAGUCCUACGUGAAGGACCUGGGCUGCCUGUUUGAGAUCUACCUGAAGCCAUUGCAGAGCGAGACGUUCCUCACUCACGAUGAGAUGGAGUCUCUGUUUGGCAGCCUGCCUGAGAUGCUGGACUUCCAGAGGGUUUUCCUGCACACGCUGGAGGAACGCAUCGCUUGCUCGCCAGACUUCAGCAUCCUGGAGACUCCUGAGCAGUUUAAGAAGCUCCUCUUCUCUCUUGGUGGAUCUUUCCUCAACUAUGCCGAUCACUUCAAGCUGUACAGCGGUUUCUGUGCCAAUCACAUCAAGGUCCAGAAGGUCCUGGAACGAGCAAAGACAGAUCAGGCGUUCAAGGAGUUCCUGGAGGCGCGGAACCCCACUAAGCAGCACUCCUCCACCCUGGAGUCCUACCUCAUCAAGCCUGUGCAGCGAGUGCUCAAGUACCCGCUGCUGCUCCGCGAGCUCGUCUCCCUCACCGAUGUGGAGAGUGAGGAGCACAGCCACCUCAUAGAGGCCCUGAGGGCCAUGGAGAAGGUGGCAAGCCACAUCAACGAGAUGCAGAAGAUUUACGAGGACUACGGCACCGUGUUCGACCAGCUGGUCGCCGAGCAGAGCAGCCGAGAGAAGGAGGUGACUGAGAUCUCUAUGGGGGAGUUCCUGCUUCACUCCUCAGUGCUGUGGCUCAACCCUCUCCCCUCUCUGGGCCGCAUGAGGAAGGAUCCAGAACUCACCCUCUUCCUCUUCAAGAGGGCAGCCAUUUUGGUGUACCGUGAGAGCACCAAGCUGAAGAAGAGAAUGACUGCGUCCCGUUCAGCCUACUCACAGGGAGACCUGGAUCCCUUCAAGUUCCGCUGGCUCAUUCCUGUGUCCGCACUGCAAGUCCGCUUGGGAAACACAGCAGGCUCAGACAACCCGUGCAUCUGGGAGCUGGUCCACACCAAGUCCGAGGUGGAGGGGAGGCCAGAGACCGUCUUCCAGCUGUGCAGCAGUGGUUUGGAGAGCAAAGCCAACGUGGUGAAGACCAUCCGCUCCCUGCUGAGGGAGAACGCCAAGCAGACAGUCUCCAUUGAGAGGAGCUGCAGAGACCACCUGGCCACCUUCAGGAGACCCCUGCCAAUUCAGACCACCGCGGCUCAGGCUGGACCUUGGGUGCUGCGGCACCCGUCUCACCCCAACGGCCUUCGGCCCGUUCCGCUGGACAUGGACGGCGACUGUCACUCGGAGCCGUCGCUGCCCAGCCGCCCGCGCGACUACCCCAGCCACCGGACCCUGCAGCUGGACAAGCGGGCGCGGCUCCACUCGCUCACCAGCGCCAUCGAGGCCCAGCUCCAGAGGCUGAGCUUCGCCAGCGGCGAGGAGGAGGCGGCGGCGGUGGCCUACGGCGUCAGGGAGGGGGGCGUCCGGCUGAACAGGGCCGGGGCCACUGACCACCAGGGCAGCCAGAGUGUCACGGGGGGACUGGUUGACUCGCAGAGCUCCAUGGAUCUCAACUCUCUGCUGGCCAGAGACUUCAGCGUGCAGAGCCUGGCCUCCGUAGUCAACGAGGACUGCUUCUACGACGCGGUCAUGGGGAUCCAGAAGGCUGUUAUCCCCACCCUGUAGGAAGGACUAAGCAUGUAGGAAUCGGGAACGGAACCUUGCUCAACAAAGAACUCUGGACUAGUGUGCUUGUAUGUGCUGUUUCCAUGGCGACAAUGCUUUGAAUGGGCUGAAUGGAAUGGCAGAAGUUGGAUUGCUCACACGAGCUUUGGCACCUGUAUGUUUUAAAGCCUGAAUUUGUAGCGCGUAAAGAAUACCUUGAAAGUAGAGAUGCACCGAUAUGGAAUUUUAGGGCCGAUAACGAUAACCGAUAUUUAUUGGUUUGUUGUGGCCGAUACCGAUACGAUAACCGAUAAUAUUACUCUUGAAAAAAUUUUUUAAAAGUGAU